AUGGAUGUAAGCUCACCCUGUAACUCUUGGUGCUUGGAAGUCCAUGAGCAGUUAUUUGAAGAUCAUUUUAUCGAUGAAUUGAUUGCGAGAUUAGAUUGCCAUUUAGAUGGUUACGAAUUAAAUUGGCAAAAUGAAUUAGUAUUAGUAACUGUUACAGUCAUUACUAUGAGAACGUUUACCAUUUGUAAUUCAACACGACAAGAUAAAAUUGCUGAUUUAGCAAUGAAAUAUCGUAGAAUCGGUGAAAAAUGGAUUUUUCUUAUUUCGAAAAAUCUUCAAAUAGUCUUGUCUUCAGCCCGUUAUGAAAUUGAACAACUUCGUCUCAAGAUGGUAACUAUUGGCAUUGCUUUCGAAUACAAUUCUUCAACCAAUCUCAUUAAAUUUCGUGAAUAUACAGAUAUAUGUAUUGACAAAGAUCAAUGGUUGGGAAUAUUAACAGGUUUAACAUCUGAUCUUCGCUUAUUACCGUUACCAGCUAAUAACUACAGAUUGAAUCAUUUUCCAUAUCAAAAAUUAAUUGUACCUUUUCGCAUGGUUCAAAGUAUCAGAAGUCAGCACACGAAUCAUCAAACUAUUACCAUAAAUCGAUCAUAUUUAUUAUCAUUUGCUCAUCAAUAUUUUGUUUUCAUUCUCAAUGAUAGAUUAAAAAUACUUCAAUCAACAGAUAGCCAUACUGAAUGGCUUUAUUUAGCAUUAUUACAUGCGAUGACUUCUCAUCCAUUAUCAGAUCAAUAUACUGGAAUGACUGGAAUGAGACGAGCUUUUCAAUUUUUGUAUUCAGCUGGUUGUUGGUCAGAUCAACCUUUUGAUAAAGUUUCUCUAAAUAUUCUUUCUCAGAUUGCAUCCAUUUCUCCAUAUAGUUAA